UCUCACAGUUUCUCUAAUUGAACGCGAACGCGCAACGACGUUGUUGUUUACCGAUCCGUAAGUCUACCAUCUGACAGCUCGGUCGCCGUCACGAUCGAACCCCAGAGGCGAGCUUGCAACGCAGUAGGCGUUUCGAUUGCUGCAGAUGCAGUCGUGCAACCGGCUGGACGAGUGACUGUCUGAGCGACAUCUCGACGCAUCUGCUGGUGCUUGCAAGUUGGCUAUAUCGCUAUGGCCGAUUCGCUAGCAAAUGGAUUUAAUUAUGACGACGACGAGUUUGAUGAAGGUUCUGCCAAUCUUCGUGAUGAGGCUGCAGACAAGCUUGGUGAGCUUAUAUCUGCUCAGUGGGAUGAUGAUCAGGACACCAGUGAUUACAUUCGAAGCAUCAGAGAAGAGAUAGACCAAGAGUCUGAUGAUAGUCUUGCUGGUGGAGUAGACCUAGAUAUGGAUGCAGAGAUCAGUGAUCUGUUGGGAGAAUCAAUGAACCAUCUACAAAAUGGGGCAGAAGUACUUCAGAGAAGAAGUGAUUCACUUGGAAAUGAUUUUCUUUAUGCAAGCAGUCCACUCUUUGGUGAAGGUACAGAGGAUGAGUUUCAUCUGUCAACCGGAACAGGAACAGCAGAGAAAGAUGAUGUCCUUGGCUUGGAGAGUCCUAGUAUAGGUAGAACUGUAUCUCCAACUAAGACUAUAGAUUUAGCUGCUCUGGGCAUCCUAACCGAAGGCAGUGAUGUUGCUAUGACGAAUGGGCUUUACCAUGAAAGCUUGCCUGAUUUGAAAAUCACCACAGAACAGUCACAUCAUUUUGGUCAGACCAGCCCUAAAGUUGGUAGUGUAAUAGGUGGGGAUGAUGUGGACUCCGGUCAGGUUCCUCAAGAAGGAAGACAUAGCUCUAGCUCUAAACGGUUACUUCGGAGGGACAGUAAAGACCGAAGCAGUAUGGGAAGUGGAGAUGGACUCAGCGAUCGUUCUGGACUUAUGAAUGGGCAUGCUACUGAUCAUUUAUCAAAUACGUCAUCACAAAAGCGGGAGACUUCUAGUCGCAAACGAAGAACAAGUGAUGUUGACCAGUUAGCUGAAGAGGCAGCAAAGUUACAGUCAGAGGUCGAGUCAGCACUAACAGGCAAACUUAGUGAUAAGACAUUGUCGCCACUGCCAAAGUCAUAUAGUAGUGGGAAGUAUAGUACCAGCCCAGCUGAUAUAGCUGAAAUGACGGCUUCUGUGGAAAGAAGGUGGUCAUUCAAACCGAUAAUAGGAGACCCAGAUCGAAGAAAGAUGAAAAGCUCACCGGGAGCUUCUGUCAAAGAAUUACUUGAUUCACAGCGAGAAGAAAAAGAACUACAGCUAAGACGGACUCUGAAUGAUGUCCAUGAAGUAACUGGUGAUCUUGCUGAUUUGCAACACACAAAAGAAAUUUUACAACGCGAGUUACGUAUUCUUCAGGAAACACUUGGUCGCAACAAAUCUGAGCUGAGAAAGUGUGAAGAGCAGGUAGCAAAACACCGUUGCGAAAUCAAAGAACUUCAAGCUGAAGCAAGUUCGAUGCAAAAGAAACGGGAUUACUUGCAAAGUGAGAUGCAGCAACUUGACAGCAUCCUGAUGGAACGAAGAGGUGUUCAAGAAAGCAGUUUGUUAAGUCCAACACAGAGUAGAAAUGCUGAAGAGUGUUGGAAACUGCUCAGUGAGAAUGCACAGCUAAAGUCAGAUCAGGAGGCAAUGAAAAGCAAACUAAAGGCUGAUGGAUUAGCAAAGGAGAAAGAAAUCAGUGAGUUGAAACGACAGGUUAAAGCGGCAAGUGAAGACAUGUUCACAGAGAAAAAGAAAGCUCGAGAUCAUUGUGACAAACUGAAGCAGGACUAUGAUGAUGCCCAGAGACAGUUAAGGGAUGCAUUGAGAGACAAGGUUGCUGCUGUCAACAAGGCAAGAGACACAGCUGGUAUUGAGAAACAUGCAGAUCUUGAAGUUUUGAAAGCAAAGAUUUCUAGGGAGAAGGAUAGUGAAUUAGAGAAGUUGAAAGAAAAGUUGGGAAAGCAACUUGAAGAUAUGAAGAAAACUUUGCAGUCUCGAGAUAGAGAGCUUGUCAAAGCUAACAUGAAGUGGAGAGAAAGGAACGAGGCAACAAAUGCUCUCUCGGCUCAGCUAAGAGAGUACAAGAAACAGCUUGCUGAGAAAGACGGUUUGCUUAGCAAGACAGACAAGAAAUCUCAAGUGCUAGUGGAUGACCUCAAUCGUACUCUCAAAGUGAGAGAAGAUGAGAUUAAACAACUGAGGACAUCACUAAAACAGCAGGAAGAAGUGGGAAAGGCUCUUGGUGAAAAGCUUCGAGCAGAAGCUCGUGAUCAUGCACGUAAGGCAGUUGAACAGGAACGUGUACAGCAGGGAAAGGCUAAGCAGCAGGAGUUAAUACGAGAAAGAGAAAUGGUGAAAGAUGAAAUGGAGAAAAAGUUCCAGACAGCAAAACAUGAACUAGCUGUUGAACAGCAGAAAUCAAAACAAAUACAGCAAACUUUAGUGUCUUUAAAUCAGGAGGUAGAAGAACAGCGCUGUGCGACCAAGCAAGCACACAAGGAAAAACUUGCUACUGUCAACAAAAUUAAGGAGAUGGCAAGGUUAGCACGUCGACAAGAUUUUGAGAAGUUGAAGAAGAAACUUCAACAGGAUCAUAACACUGUUAUGAAGAAGGUGAAAAGUAGAGUGGCAAAGUUGGAAGAGGAGAUCAAACAAGCCAAAGAUGCAGAGAAGAUCUUACAGCAGAAGGAAAGAGAUCUGAUAGCAAAGAUGGAAUUGACAGAGAAAUCCGUAGUGAUGGAGAUCAAUGAUGAGUGCCAAAAGACAUCAGUUGCUUUGAGCUCUUUGGCUGUUGUUAGUCAAGGGAGGCGAAGUCGACCAUCCACUCCAAAAGUAACUAGUUCAAUGGAUAAAAUUCCAACCAGCUUAGUUGAAAGGCCAGCAUCUGCUCCACCAGUUGCUGCACGCAAAGAUUCCACAUCUAGUAGAGGAGCAUUGUCACAACUGCGGGCUUCUAAUGAUGAACUUCGAAAAUACGUAAGUGAGCUGAGAGCAGAACUGAAUCGUGAGCGGCAGACUGCUGCUCAACUUCACAGAGACAAGGUGGCUGAACUGAAGAAGGCCAAAGAGAGCAUUCAAUCUGUACAAGCAGAGGAGAUGCAAGCUUUCAAACACAAACUUAACAAGGAGCUGUUAGCAGAAAAAGUUAGUGUUCAAAAACAAGCUGCCAAAGAGACAUCAAUAAAAUUUCAGAGUCAGAUGAAGGCGAAGGAUGAAACCAUUCGGGAACUUCGGCAGCAAUUACAGAAGUGGAAAGAUGAGGAGGGGCAGAGGUUCUCUAGGCUUAUGCACACAGAAGUAAAUCAGCAAGCAGACAAACGAACUAAAGAACUUGUUCGCCGAAUUGAAAUUCAACAACGAUCUGAGAGAGCGGCUCACCAAAGAGAAACAGAAAAGCUUGAAAAAGAGCUGAAGAGACUUGGACAGGUGGAAGCUGCAACUCAUGCAGCUACAGCAGCGGCUGCUGCUUCAACUGUAUCAAUGUCGUCAUCACCAGAAAAGGCUAUGACUAACUCUAGUGCUGAAGCAGUCAAGGCAAAAGCAGCUGUCAACUUAGUACGUCGAUUGCAGAAAAAGCUGAAGUUGAUGUGUGAAGAAAAUGAGCAGUUGAAGAGGGAAUUGUUGGAACUCAGAAAAGCUCCUGUCACUCCAUUAGGAACUCCUGAAGUGCCUCAGCCACGUGCUAACAGCGUCGAGGCUCAAGACAGUGGCCUAUCAUCGAUGGGUGCAGAUUCAACUUUGACAGACAUCCAUCAUCUUCAGCAAGAAUUGAAGGCAACUGAACGAAAGAAUCAGCGGAUGAGUGUUCUACUGAGUGAGAAAGUGAAGGAAGUUGUCAAACUGCAGAGUCAAUUCAAGUACCUCAAUAAGGAGUUCCUAGUAUUACAGAGACAGCACAGUUUUACAGUAAAAAGAGUGGAUUCUGACCACUGAAGUUCCUGGAUGUGGCCAGUGCUCGCCUUAUGUUGGCGUGUGAUCGUUCAUAACAUAAUGCAGUUAAAUUAGGUAGCACACCAGGUGUACUAUUAGCACAGUUCACAGAUGAAAAUAUUUUAUUACUUGCAUAGUUAGAUAGCUGAUGUAUGCCCUUUAUUAUAAUGUCGGUUAUUAUGUCACUUCGUAAUAAUUUUAUUAAUUUAUUAACUUAAUUGCUGUUUUAUGAUACUGUAUAUUGGUUAUUAUGCCUAGAGAAGGAUUGAAGUUGAGUUCGAACCAAAGCAACUUAAUCUAAUUCGAUUGUUGCGAAGUGCAUGGAGUCAGUGCAAACUUGUUUGUCUGACUGCAGUCCAUACGCUUUGAAUACAGUACAGUUUUCU